ACGCACUCAGUUGCCAGCGAUAAGUCGACAUAUUUGGACGUGUUUACUAGCGGAGGUAUUGUUUUCGGCAAAUUAAAUUGACCCACCAUGCCACCACCACCCCACGAUCACUGCGGAGGGCCACCACCACAUCGCCGGGGGCCCGUGAUUAAGGUCCAGAUCGCACCACCAUGGCCCCGUCGUCACCGCCCACCGCCCCAAGUGGUGGUGGUGCAGCAGCAGCCGCCCCCACCACCCCCGCCAGUCAUGGUGGUGCAACAGGCUCCGCCACCGCCCUACUACCAGUACCCACCGCCCCCACCACCAUCCGGGAGCAGCCACUACCACAACCCACAAUAUUGAGAAGGAACUUUGAUCUGCCAAAUCCAUUACGAUGAAUUUAUUUAAGUUAGCCUGACUAAUCAACCAUAUAUCCCAAAUAAAAUGUAUUAUUUAAACAAUAGAAACAUUUUCAUUCAUGGAUUUAGAGGUUUUUAUAUCUUC